GACCGAGGUGACUGUUAUAACCUCACCUUUCUGAUGGUGCAAUCCGAAGGUGGAUAUAGGAUCUCAGUGACGGCACUAGAUAGAACGAUCGUGUUUGAACUUAUUUGAAAGGGCUCAUAAAGAUCUAGGUGACUGUUAUGAUCUCACCUUUCUGAUGGUGCAAUCCGAAGGUGGAUAUAGGAUCUCAGUGACGGCACUAGAUAGAACGAUCGUGUUUGAACUUAUUUGAAAGGGCUCAUAAAGAUCUAGGUGACUGUUAUGAUCUCACCUUUCUGAUGGUGCCCGGACGGAACAAGUAUUUGUAUGGCCUACAAAUAUGUGUAAUUAUUCUGGGUCUGUUCUAUGUAUGUAAACUGUCCCUGCGAUACAGAAGAAAAUACUAGUGUGGAGGUAACGUUUUUUAAAAAGAGAGGAAGAGAGACAACAAAUGAAAUUAAAAGUUUUGUACAACCGACUUCAAUACUAAUACGCAUUAUUAAGGAUAACUCCAAAACCAUUGGUCAGAUCUUGAUCAUUUUUCUAUGGGAUGUAUAAGUUAUAAGCACUAGCUUUCAAAUAAAAAUAGAAUCAUUAAAACCGAUUCACCUAGAAAAAAGUUCUGGGGUAACAUACAAAGAAACAGUCGACUUGAGUACCUCCUCCUUUUUUUGAAGUCGGUUAAAAUGGUAAGUAGAUAAAUUAUCUGAGUUUCAAAGACGUUCACGUUGUUAUAUUCUUAAUUUUCCUUGAUGUUGCAUAUUACCCUUCCUUACAUUGAGCAAUAAAGUUUUUAUUAUCAUCAAAUUGAUGGCUACGUGGCGCAGUGGCUUAGCAAUGAUUUGCAAUGCGAGGGCCGCGGGUUCGAAUUCCGCACGGAACAACUAUGGCCUACAAAUAAUUGCUCCGGGUUUAGAUGUUUGUCAAUGGGGUGGCGCACGCUCUAAAGAUAGGUAAUUUAAAAUAAAUAACAUAUUUAUUAAAUAAAUAAAAUUAACCACAAUGAAUUAAAUUAUCAUAAUAUCUGAUCUUUAGUCUGUGACACUUCUAAACUAAAAAUUAAUAUUUAAGUCCCCCUCCCCUCACCCUAAUGGGGGAGAAAACAUUUUCUUGUGACUAGAGAAAACUAAACUAAACAUAGUGUACGAGUAUAUGUGUUAUGUAACCUAAUACAAUACCAAUAAUUUCUUAUUUUAUAAACCUCAACAAAUUGUAUUAUCAAACAAAUCAAAUAAUUAUUUCAUUAAUUCGAGUUUUUAUUUUAUAAUUUUUGGUACAAUCCUAGCACGUUCGCUCGAUGACGCAGCUAUACGAUGGUCGCGCGGUGGGCAAAGCGUUCUCAGCUUCCGGUACGCGAGCAGAAGGUAUUUCUGUUUGCAGCUAACGUCUGCGAUUAUUAUAAAAAAAUUGUAGAUUGUUACAGCGUAGAUAUUUUCGCUUUUGUAUAGGAGAGAUAUUAUAUCUGUUAUGUAGUAACAUUAUUUAAAUUGUGCCUAUAGUCUGUUCACCAAGAUGUCGGUCAACCGCAGGCGCACUUAUUAUUUUGCUUAUACAUAUUUAAUUAUUUUUUACUGUAUUUAAAUAAAUGUUUAUCUAUUCUAAGAAUGAAAUAGAAUACUAAUUUAUUGUUAUGGUUAUUGUAACAAAAUACGAAUAUAAAUAAUAAACACAAGUUAUGUAGCAAAGAGAAUUUUCAUGAAAGUAAGCAUAAACGAAAGUAAAAUGGACACUAUUUUUGCCAAAUUCACGUGCGGAUGUAUGCCGCAUGCGACGACCUUUGAUGUCGCGGCGACGAUCUUUGAUAAUGCGGCGGCGCCUUUGACAAGUAGCGGCAUGUGCCAUGUGCUAACACAAAGGAAACCGUAUCUAAGCGAACAGAAUUUACACCGUUGGCCGUCAUUAGGAGCUUCACCGCGAUGGCGUCUGUACGUGCAGUAACUGCAGAAUUCAUUGAAAAAUACCACGAGUGUGAAUGUUUGUGGAAAAUAAACAACCCAUUUUAUAAAAAUAAACAAAAAAGAUUGUCUGCAUUAGAGGCGCUGUUGCAGAUAUUGCGUAAACAAGACAAAAAUGCAAAUAUGGAUUCCGUAACUUAAAAAAUCAAUAAUUUAAGAUGUGCCACAAGUUCAAGUAGCUUGAAAUAUGUGUAUUCGUCCAUUCUUAAAUAGUUAUGCUUCCUCUACACUACUCGCGAAGUAACUUCGACGAAGUGCUCGUCGAAGUCCAUCGAAGCCGAAGUACGUAACCACACACUCGUGCUACUUCGCGAAGAGCUCAGUCGUCUUGGGUCUCCCGUACCCGUAACAUGAAUAACGUUCAAGAGGCAGCUGCUGUUGCAAUGUGUUCGCUCGCGUAUUAUAAUUACGUGCGUGUUUUAUAUACAACAAAAAUUAAAAAGAAAUGGAGAAAAAGGAGAUGGUGGAUGAUUGCAAUGCACCGGAACAGAACUAGGUUAGUAAACAAGGCAAAAUUAAGAACUUUUACCACAAGUAGAAAAGUCUAAAUAUAUGCACAUAUUAUUAUUACUAUUAUGACUAUUUUUAAUUUAUAUUUCAUAUUUUUGCAGACAUAGUAUGGAGCAACAAUUUGUUGAACUGAUACAAGAACCAUCUGGAGAAUUCGAAAAUUUCCAUCGAAUGUCUUUGACGGAUUUUAAUUACUUGCUUUCCAAAGUUCUGCCACUUAUCUCUAAGCAAGAUACUCAUUUAAGGGAAGCUAUACCUGCCAAGAUUCGUUUAGCAGUCACUUUGAGAUUUUUAGCAACUGGCGACAGUUUUAAAAGCCUGCACUAUUUAUUUAAAAUUUCAAGUCAGUUAAUUUCAAAAAUAGUAGUUGAUGUUUGCAAAGCUCUUAACGACGUUCUUAAGGAUGAAAUAAAGAUGCCAGUCAAUGAGCAGCAGUGGUUAGAAGUUGAAAACGGAUUUAAAAAUAAUUUCCCGCAUGCUGUUGGUGUAAUUGAUGGAAAGCAUAUUAUUAUACAAUGUCCAGACAAUUCGGGUUCUGAGUACUUCAAUUAUAAGAAAACAUUCAGUAUAGUACUAUUGGCUUUAGUGGACUGUAAUUAUAAAUUGAUGUAUGCCAACAUUGGCAGUCAAGGAAGGAUCAGUGACGGAGGUGUAUUUAAAAAUUCUUCGUUGUGGCAAAAAAUUUCAUCCGAAACUCUUAAUUUGCCUAAGCCACGCUCAUUGUCUAGCGCUGAUAAAGCUAAUAUUCCCUACGUGUUUUUGGCUGACGGAGCAUUUGCUUUGCAUAAUAAUAUAAUGAAACCAUAUCCUGGUACUCAUAAUAUUGGUUCGCCUAAACGAAUUUUUAAUACACGCUUGUCAAGGUCUCGGGUUGUAGUUGAGAAUGUUUUUGGUAUUUUAGCAAACAGGUUUAGAAUAUUCAAAAAGCCAAUUGAUAUAAAUAUCGAAACCGUUCCUAUUAUUAUAAUGACUUGUCUCUUAUUGCACAACUUUCUCAGAAAAAGUAAUAAUUCAUCUCAUAUUUAUAUGCCACCCGGUAUUGUGGACACAUAUGAUGAAAACGGAGUAUUACUUCAACCUGGAACUUGGCGGCAGAACGUUGAUAAAAACUGUGCUUUGAGAAAUAUUGCACAAAUACCACGCAGAUCAACAUUAUCUGCCACUCAGAUAAGAGAUCAUUUUGCGGAGUAUCUUUUUAGAAAUAAUUAAUUAUUGUAUGCUUAUUAAAUCCUUGGAUAUGGAAAUCCGGCAUAUAAAUACUAUUAAUUAUGUAAAAAGCCUAAUAAAGAUUGUUUGGUC